GGGUGAUGAGCCAGCCGCCUGGGAGGAGCCCCCGCCAUGUCAGCCCGGGUCUCUCGAGAUGAAGCGGAGGGCUCACAUUAAGAUGUGGAUAGAAGGUCAGCUGGAGGGACUCCUGCCCAGCUCCCACCCAGAGUCUCCGUUGCUUGCAACCACACCUGCAAGGUAUGGCUGCAAGACUCUGGUGGCGAUUGCGGAGGCAGAACCCUGGAACAGGCUGGACACUACUGGUACAGUUGCACAGUGUGAGGAAGCCUGGAUCGCGUCCCUCACCACCACCUACCCCCCGGAGACAUUCAGCCAGUCAGACGGCCCGAUGCUGGUGGCAGAGGCGGUUCCCUCUUACAGGCUCGACACCACUGGACCAGUGCCCAGGAUUAUCCCAGGUCCAGCUGCACAGGCUGUGGCUGACUUGGAGGAUGACAGUGGAGAGGAGGAGUUUCUGGAGCAAGCUCCUAUAACACAGUGGGAGGAAGCAGAGGUAGCGCCCCUUACCACCACCUUCCACUCAGAGACAUCCAGCCAGUCAGGUAUCGAUGUCCUGGUGCUGGAUGCAGAGGCGGAUCCCUCUCACAGGCUGGACACCAACAGCACCAAGCCUGAGUCUGAGCCAGUGCCAGUUGCACAGGCUGAGGGGGAUCUGGAGAGCAGCGUGGAGGUCAUGGUGGAUAGCAUAGAAACAGCUCCCAAAAACAAGAGAGGAUGGCUACAGCGCUGUCUGAGACUCUGGAGGAGCACAGCCUCUACCUUACUUUCCUGCUGUCCUUAUAGGGUAAAUAGAUAUAACAAAAAAUGGAGAGGAUAGAUAGAUAAAUG